AUGAUCGCAUGUUGUUUCAAGCCACCUAAACCAAAUGAAUCAUUAUUAAGUAGCAACAACAACUCUCAAGUUCCACAACAUGUUGUAACAUGUAUAUAUCAAACUCAACUAUGUAACUCUCCAACUUAUCAUAUGACCCUUACAUGGUCAAGAACCCUAUCAUCUCAUUCCCUAACCAUACAUGCCCCAUUUAUCUUUUCCAAUUCCAUUACCAUUUCUCUCAAUUCAUCAUCAAAUUUCUUCCAAAACAAGUUACACACCUCAAAAUCCAUCUUUCAUAGACGUUAUUCACAUAAAAUCAAGCUCCAUUGGAACUUCUCUAAGGCAAAAUUCAUUCAAAACUCGGCGGAGCCACACUCAUGCUUCUACUUUGCAAUCUCAUACAACAAAAUAGUCCAGUUUUUUAUGGGUGAUAUUCACUCCAAUUUGAAACAUAAUCAAGACAAGUCUUCUAAUUCGGUUAUAUUAUCGAGGAGAUAUCACAUGUUUCAAAAUAGGAGCUAUGUGUCGCAUGCGGUUUUGAUGGGUUCGAAACAUGUAAUAGAGAUUGAAUGCAAGGAAGGUGUGGUGAGAGUGAAAGUGGAUGGAGAAAUUAAGAUGGUGGUAAAAAGGAUGGCAUGGAAAUUUAGAGGGUACGAAAAGAUCAUAUUAGUAGAAGGUAUCCAAGUCGAGAUCUAUUGGGACGUGUUGUUGAGUUGGGAUGAUUACAACAACACCAACAACAACAAUAAUAUUGGACAUGGUGUGUUUGUUUUUCAAGUAGGGGAUUACAUUUCUGGCACAAUGUGGCCAGAAAUGGUGGGUGUACAAAAGUGGUUAACAUGGAAGAGCAUGUCUAAUUUUGAUUCUACCUUAAUGUUGAAGUGGGCAGAGGAAAACAACAAUGAGGUUUAUGGGAGUAAUGUUGCUAAUGGGUUCUCCAUGUUGUCGUAUGCAUGGACACAAAAUUGA